AUGAAAAGGAAUAAAAAAGAUGAGGAAGGAAAAAUCAAAUGCUCAAUUUGUGGGCGUGAAAUCGUCAAUGAACGAUAUGUUAGAUGCACUCGUUGCAUUGCAGCCAUAGAAUGUUUAGAAUGUUAUUCCGUUGAGUGCGAUUGCGAGCCUCCUUCAGAUCAAAAAGACCUAAACAGAUGCUACCACCAAUUUAUGCUCAUGGAUUCUAGUCCGCAGCCCAUCUUUCGUUCAGAUUGGGAUAGUAACGAUGAAGUCAUUCUACUGAAUUGCGUCCGCUUAUUGGGUGUUGGUAAUUGGGAAACAAUUGCCGAAUGGCUCAAACCACGAACAGCGGCAGAAAUUGAGGCUCAUUACAUGCAAACUUAUAUUUUAUCUGAAACAAGUCCAUUUCCUGAUCCAUCUGUACACGAACCAGCUAUUGUUCCUCAACCUCCAGGAUAUAAUACAAAACCUCAAGAAUCUUAUCCUUCAGAAGGCCAUGUUAAACAUUUAAGUCAGAAGAAUAAGAAAGAAGCUACAAACCCUGCAGAAUAUUCCGGAUGGAUGCCUUACCGUCAUGAGUUCGAAAGUGAAUAUAAUAAUGAUGCAGAAGAACUAGUUGCAAAUAUUGAAUUUAAGGAUGAAUCACAACAAUCAUUUGAAGAAAAAAUUAACUUUUUGCAAUCAUACAAUAUUCAAUUACGUGAAAGACAUGCAAGAAUUAAGGUUAUCGAAGAUUGGGACGUUCAUCAUCUUGAACAGCGCGGAUCAUCGAAAUCCGAUAACGAUCUCGAAACACGCCUUCUUGGUGGUACUACUCGCGAACAGAAAGAAAUAGAUUCGAAGUUAUUACCUCUUAUGCAAUAUAUGAAGAAAGAAGAUAUUCUACGCAUUGCUCAAGACACACACGAGUUACUACAGCUUUCAGAUCAGAUAGAACGAUGCCAGAAAUGGCAAGAAUACGGAGUUCAUUCAACUGCAGAAGGAUUACUAUUUGAUACGCUCGAAAGUUGCCAUCAUGAAGGUAAAAUGACUAAUGGAGAUGUUGAAACAUGGAACAGAUCCAUCGAUAACUUCAAUAGAAAGAAUAAACGCGAUCUUGCACCAGAAUUAGAAUUACUUACAGCUGCUGAAGUGGAAUUGUGUAAUUCAGAAGGAAUUAACACAAAGAUUUACUUUGCAGUCAAAGAUCUUCUUCUGAGAGAAUACGCAAUCAGAGGAGGACUUUCUGUUGAAGAAGCUACAGGUUUGGCAUCAGGAAUAUCAGGAACUAUUCUUCCGAUAUACAAGUUUUUAAUUGCUCACGGAUAUAUCUUUGAAUAA